AUGGCGCUUUCUACUCCUCAUCCCCUUGAUCCUCUGACGGCACUCGAAGUGAGCCGUACCUCUGCCAUCCUAAAGGAAAGCUUAGGGAAUGGAGCCAGCGGCAUUCGAAUUAAGGUCAUAGAUCUUGCUGAGCCACCCAAAGACCUCGUUCUUGACUACUUGCAUAACGCUGGACCAGCGCCCCCUCGGAAAGCUCGAGUCUACUACCACGCCAAAAACAACCCCUCACUCAAGCAAUCAAUCGUCAACAUAACCACAGAAGCAGUCGAGCGAGAUGAGGAGCUGCCUGGCGUUCAAGGACCCGUCGACUGGACUGAGUAUCAGGCAAUAAACGACGCAUGCAACGCUCACCCAGACGUGCUCGCAGAAGUUGCGAAACUCAAGCUCCCAAAAAACAUGAGAAUCGUCAACGAUCCUUGGGCCUACGGAACAGACGACCCGAAUGAGCAGCGUCGCCUGUUCCAGUGCUACAUGUAUGCGGCAAUGAACGACGAUCCGCAAGCGAAUCACUACUCCAUCCCCCUCCCUCUUGCGCCUGUUUUCGAUGCCCACACCCUCGAGCUUGUCCACUUGGAGAAACUGCCUCUGGGUACUGACGCUACUCUGGAUAACCCAACACAACCUUGGGAGCCCGCCCAGGCGGUCGAGUACAGCGCCGAGUUGCUGGGCGAUAACGCCAUGCGUCAAGACCUCAAGCCUCUUCAAGUUUCACAGCCACAGGGGCCUUCGUUCGAGAUCAAUAACCGUGCGGUAUCAUGGCAAAAAUGGAGCUUCCAACUGGGUUGGAAUCACAGAGAAGGCCCUGUACUGCACGAUGUGCGCUAUGAAAACCGGUCACUGUUCUAUCGUGUCUCCAUGAGCGAGAUGACAGUCCCAUACGGCGAUCCGCGCUCGCCUUACCACCGGAAGCAGGCCUUUGAUCUUGGUGAUUCGGGUUUCGGCCUGACCUCCAACAGCCUUGAGCUCGGGUGCGACUGUCUGGGUCAUAUCGCAUACUUCGAUGGUAUUCGCAACACGGCGAACGGUGACCCAGUGAUCAUGCGCAACGUCGUUUGCAUGCAUGAAGUCGACGACGGCAUCGGGUGGAAGCAUACCAACUGGCGAAAUGGAGGCGCCAGCGUGGUCCGAGACCGGCAGCUGGUUGUCCAGUGCACUGCGACGGUGGCCAACUACGAGUACAUCCUCGCCUUUGUGCUUGAUCAAGCCGCCAACCUGCACAUCGAGGUGCGUGCCACUGGUAUCGUGUCUACCAUGCCAAUCCGCCAGGGUCUUCAAGUGCCUUGGGGUACUGUCGUGGCCCCCGGAGUGCUAGCUGUGAAUCACCAGCAUCUUUUCUGCGUCCGUAUCGACCCAAAUCUUGAUGGAGAUCGCCAGAACACCAUCAUCUACGAUGAUUGCAUACCAGUGCGAAAUGAGCCAGACGUAGACCCCUUCGGUUGCGCCUUUCGUGUCAAGCGUACGCCAAUCACUCGGCCGGGAGGCUAUGAUCUAGAUCUCACAAAGAACCGAGUUUAUUCGAUCAUCAACGAGUCCCGCACCAACUCUGUGUCCGGAAAGCCUCAUGGAUACAAGCUGCAUGCCAUUCCAAGCCAAAUGCUCAUGAUGGAUACACACACUUUCAACCAUCGCCGUGGUGUCUUUGCCUCGCGGCCAAUCUGGGUCACUCCCUACCGAGACGAUGAGCUCUGGGCUGCGGGCGAGUUCACCAACCAGAGCCGCGAUGACACCGGGCUGGCUGCCUAUGCCGCGGGUGAUGAAAAUGUCCAGAACGAGGACGUUGUAUUGUGGCACUCAUUUGGCAUCACUCAUGUCACGCGACCAGAAGACUUCCCCGUCAUGCCCGUUGAGAAAAUGUCGAUUGCCCUGAAACCUACCAGCUUCUUUGACUUGAACCCGGCCAAUGACGUCCCACGCUCAUCUCAAAAUAUCAACAAAUCCACGCUCCACGAGUCAAACAUCAAGAACGAUACCUCAGGUUCUUGCUGUGCAAACAAUAGCUUCGACGCUAAACUGUAG